AUGGCCUCCAACACAGCACCAAUGACUGUCCCUCCUGCGGCACCGCCCUCGAGCAUGCCAAUCGCCGACACCACGGCGGCUCAACACGAAGCCGUCCAUAGCUUUGGCAAGGAGACCGUCAACGCCGACGACGUUGAGAGAAACGCCGGCAGCGUCAAUGCCGAGGAUGAACGCAAGAACGAGUCGGAUGACGGCUCCGAGUUCAAACAGGAAGGUGUCGCCAGGGUCGAGGCCAUCACCAAGGUUUGGACCACCAAGACGCUCUGGAUAACUUUUGGCCUUCUUUACCUCGUGUCAAUCGUCGACUCGCUGCUAGGAAACGUCGAGAGUGCACUCUCGCCAUACGUCACAUCGGCAUUCGGCCGACACGGACUGAUUUCCACAACGUCAAUCGUCUCCACCAUCCUCGGCGGCGUCAUCACUCUCUCGAUCGCCAAGAUGAUCAACAUCUGGGGUCGCAUGGAGGGUUUGGCGGGCAUGGUCUUCCUCAUCACCAUCGGCAUGAUCAUGAAGGCCACGUGCCAGAACGUCGAGACGUAUGCCGCCGCACAGGUCAUGUACUGGGUCGGUCACAUCGGGCUGCUGCUCAUCAUCAGCGUGACCGUGGCCGACAUGACGACGCUCAGGAACAGGAUGAUCAUCCUCGGCUUCAACACGACGCCGCUGAUCAUCAGCUUCUUCACCGGACCUCUGAUCGCCAACCGCUUCCUCCAGGAGGUCAACUUCCGCUGGGCUUUUGGCGCCUUUGCCAUCAUCAUGAUCGCCACCACCACCCCCGUCAUCGGCGUCUUCAUCUACAACGAACGCAAGGCAAAGGCGGUCGGGCUGGUGCGUGAAAAGUCGGGCCGCACCUUUUUCGAGUCGGUCAAGCACUACGUCGUCGAGCUGGACGUCGUCGGUCUGCUCCUCAUCACCUUUGGUGCAUCUCUGCUCCUGCUUCCCUUCUCGCUCGUCAACUACGUUCCGGGCGGCUGGGCCAACGGCGGACUCAUCUCCAUGUUCGUCCUGGGACCUGCUCUCUUGGCCGUCUUCUACAUCUGGGAGAAGAAGUACGCGCCUGUCCAGUUCUUCCCCUGGGUGUACCUGACCAACAAGACCAUCCUGGGAGCCUGCUUCUGCUACGGCCUGAUGUUUGCCAGCAUCUUCUGCUGGGACACGUACUACUACUCGUACCUGCAGGUUGCCCACUCGCUGUCGGUCGUCGACGCCAGCUACACCAUCAACUCGCUGUCGUUGUCGUCGUCCAUCCUCGGCGUCUUCAUCGGUCUGCUCAUCCGCUUCACCGGCAAGGUCAAGUGGGUCGCCAUGGCCGGCGUCCCCUUUAUGAUCCUGGGCACCGCCCUGCUGGUCCGCUUCCGGACGCCCGAGACCUCCAUCGCCGUGCUGGUGGUGCUGCAGGUGCUGGUGGGUCUGGCCUCGGGCGUGUUUGCGCUCUGCAGCCAGAUGGCAGUCAUGGCGACGGUCAAGCACAACGAGGUGGCCCCGGGGCUGGCGCUCCACGGCCUGUUUGGCGCCGUCGGUGCCGCCAUCGGCCAGGCCAUCGCCGGCGGCAUCUGGAACAACCUGCUGCCCUUCAAGCUGAUGGAGUUCCUGCCCGAGGAGGCCAAGGCCGACGCCUGGACCAUCUUUGGCGACAUUUCGGUGCAGCAGGCCGCCACGGGGGCCGUCAGAGACGCCAUCAACGCCGCGUACGGAGACAUGCAGCACAGGAUGGUGAUUGCCGGCUGCUGCUUUACGCCUUUUGUCAUUGUCGCCAUUUGGUUCUGGGAUGACCUUGACGUCAGGAAGAUUGACGCCGAGAGGGGCCAGAAGGGCAAUGUGUUUUAA